UGCCAUCAUUCGACUUGUCAACAUGGCCAACGCGACUCAUUUGCUUCUCCUGCUGAUAUGCACAAGACUGACCGUUGGCGCCAGUACGUAUAAUGAGACGGAAGGUACCAAGCGCCUGGAGGGAAGAGAUGGAAUGUUGCAGCAGUGGCCAUUCGCCAGGCAAGGGAUGGAUAUUUUGGGCUCCUCCUUCCGCCACGGCCUGGACUGGGUGACGACGCUGACGCAUUCCAUAAGGCGUGUUGUGCUUUUCGACCCUCAUCACCCAGGUCACGAAACCCAAGUGUUGAAGAUAGUGAAUCCUGAUGACCCAGGCAGUCUGUCAGGGAAGACCCCCACUUCCACGCAGGAUUAUACAAUGGCCUACACGGUGACGCAAGAACCCCCAACGAUGAAUAAUGAAAGUAGUGAAAGCAUCAUUGCAACUUCCGAGGCCCUAACGGAAGGCUUCGAACCAGUAGCAGCAUUUGUGAAGAAUGACACUUUAAUAAUCGAGCCCGUGGACUUCUCAGAGGAAGAUAAUCGCAUGCACCCCGACGUUUACUCAGAAAUUCCUGACCUGCCGACUGUGAAGAGAGAGAAACCAGAAGGAAACAAGGGCGUGUUCCACAUAGCAGUUGGUGCCAUUGGGUUAUCGACAAUUGUGACUGGUGUCGUUCUCAUGUCAAGUUUCAGAGAGCGCACGCACAGGCCUUCUAUCUUGGUGUCGCGUGGCGUUCAGACAAUAUAAGGAGAGGUAGGAAGUUUUAUAUGGCAUGUAUAUAUGUUGUGCAGUUAUGAGAAAACAAUAAAACACGAAUAUUCAAA